AUGCACGAUAUUGUGCGGAACGAAUUUACAAAUAACGGCCACACCGUUGUCAUGAUAACGCACAGGUUACUCAGUGCCACUGAGAAUCUCCGCAAGAACCAGGAUACUAUUGUCCUGCUAUCCAAGGGAAAAAUCGAGAAAGUUGGCGAAUUCCAGGACGUCCUGGGAAUUGACAAGAUCACCGUCUAA